CAUCCAUCAUCUGUCUCGUUUAUGCCUUGUAAAGUGCUCCGGUUAGCUGUCUUCCGUGACAGCAGCAAUUUCCGGAUCUCGGGUAGCCAACGAUUAAGAGAAGCGAUGUAUGGCAACCUCUUAAUCAAGGGGCCACCGAACCUGCAGGCUCAGGACUCUUGCGCCGCUCCACACAAGAACCCCUUCUCCCCCCCCCCCUCACCCACAAAAGGGGACCCUAUAUGCCCAAAACGCCUGAAAUCGUGGAAAAUGGCCCUUAGAUAUAGCUACGUCCAAAAAUGUAAUAAGACACCUUCAAAUGUAUUCUGUUUUUUUUUAAAUUUAAUUUUUUUUUAUGCGCACUUGUUUCCUUAUUUCGGAUUUAAAUUGAUGCUCAAUUGCAAGCAAAUAUCUUGUGCAUUUAAGUGGCUUCUGUUUUGGCAGCUGUGUGAGCGGAGAAUUUCGUUCACAGAGAUAUGUCACCGAGAAAGGCGGCAAAACUAA